ACAAAACGAUAUUUUAAAUAAAUAUUAUACAUAGUGUUUUAGUAAAAACUUUUGUGUUAAUAGUUAUCAAUUAAAAUGACUAGUGUACUGAAAACACUGCAGGGUGUAAGAAGGAAGAUGAAAGAGUCUGAUAAUCAAUGCAGGACGCUGCAGGUGACCAUGCCAAAUCUUUCGCAUACCCCAGCAGAUAUAGAGUUCAACAUUACUCUGAAAGUGUCUCAAGGGAUGAUGUCUAAAAAAAAAACAAUCCUGAAAGAUGUGUCUGGGCUGUUUAAGUCAGGAGAACUCACAGCUAUUAUGGGUCCGUCAGGAGCAGGAAAAACUUCUUUAUUAAAUGCUCUCACUGGAUUCGCGACCCAUGGUGUAACAGGCACAAUACGCAGCGGCGAUAAACUAUGCGAAUUGGGAGAUAAAAACUCAACGGCUGCUUUAAAAGAAUACAGAAAAAAAACGUGCUACAUCUUGCAAGAUGACAGACUAAACCCGCUGUUCACAGUCGAGGAGCACAUGUGGUUCGCUGCUGACUUGAAACUUGGUAACUGUCUCACCGAGAAGCUAAAGCUGUCUGUGAUUGACGGUAUCCUGGAUACCUUGGGGCUGGUACAUACGAAGAACACCAAAUCUAGCCGCCUCUCAGGGGGUCAGAGGAAGCGAUUGUCUAUAGCACUGGAACUCAUAGACAAUCCUCCCGUAGUAUUUCUUGACGAGCCGACCACAGGUUUAGACAGCUUGACAACGACACAGUGUGUAGAAAUGUUAAAGAGCCUGGCGCAAGGUGGUCGUACUAUAGUCUGUACUAUACAUCAACCUACUGCUACAAUAUACUCUAUGUUUGAUCAGGUGUAUUUAUUAGCAGAGGGCAUGUGUAUAUACGACGGUUCAAGUGGUGACACGGUGCCGUACCUCGCAUCUGCCGGCCUGCAGUGCCCAAAGUACCACAACCCUGCAGACUAUAUUUUAGAAGUAGCCAGUGGUGACUAUGGAAAUUUCAACGAGAUUCUCGCAGAGAAACGUGGGCAGGCUGAAAAAGUAGCUCCUGUGGUUAAUACUAACGAAACCAAAGUGCAAAGCCUCUCUUGUGGCAAAAUUGACAUCAUUCUCAAUCCUCCACACGAGUUAUAUAAGUUCUUCAUUCUCUUUACACGAUGUAUAAUUCAACUACACAGAGAUUGGUCAGUCACCUAUUUAAAACUAUUACUUCACGUACUUAUUGGGAUAUUCGUGGGCCUCUUAUUCCAAGACGCAGGCAGCGAUGGUUCUAAAACCAUCAACAAUAUGGGCUACCUACUCGCUUCGAUGACAUACCUUACCUACACGUCUCUUAUGCCUGCUGUACUUAGAUUUCCCACAGAAUUGGCGGUUCUCAAGAAAGAAAACUUUAACAAUUGGUAUAGCUUGAAAACAUAUUAUAUUGCCGUACUAAUCACCAGCAUACCUUUGCAGAUUUGCUACAGUUUUGUGUAUACUGCGCCUUCGUACUAUCUGACUGGACAACCUCAGGAGUUAUAUCGAUUUGCUAUGUUCGCUCUGGUGUUGGCAAUCGUGACGGUACUAGCCGAUGCUAUUGGCAACGUUAUAGGAAGCUGUACUGAUCCUGUGAACGGCACAUUCUUCGGUGCUGUAUUGACGGCGGCUAUGAUCCUGUACUCUGGUUAUGUGGUCCUGUUCUCGGAUAUGAGCGCUACAAUGCGCGCUGUCUCCCACAUCUCAUUCAUGAAGUAUGGAUUUGAAAGUAUGGUGCUAUCCGUAUACGCAUAUGGGAGACCGCCAUUACCUUGUCCUGAAACUAAAGAUUAUUGUCCUAUAAGACAUCCUACAGAACUAAUGAAGAUAUUCAGCUUCGAUAAGGACAACUACUGGUCGGACAUAGCUGUGUUGUUUGUGGCAAACAUUAUCAUCAGAAUUAUAGCGUACCUAACAUUGAAACGGACAAUUAAAAGUACUGUAAGAGCAUAAAUUCAAUGUUUAGGUAUAUCAGUGCAUGCAUUUAUAUGGUGACACCAAAACUUAAAUUUAGAAAAAAAAAACCAAAACUUAUUCUUGUCAUUCCAUUAGGUUUAUUUGUAGCAAUUAUUUGUAGAUAUAUUGCAAUCUUUGUAUUAUAAGUAACAUCUAUUUCCAGCCGCAUAAAAGUAUAAUUUGAUGUUGUAUGUAUAAAUAUUAUUUAAGAAACGAAUGUAUCAUUGUAGUGAUCAUAGAUAUAUUUAUUGUACACCAAUACCUUGCCCUUAGCUUGUAUAUGUUAACUUAAUACAUAGUCGUGGAAUGUACGUUUCACACAGUAAAACUAUUUCUCUAAUGGGUGCAUAAAAUUCGCCCUCUCUUAUUUGUUAUAUCUUGUAAUGUUAGUAUAGAAAACCAUAUAGUAUCUUAUACCGGAACUCCCACCUAAUGUUUCUUUUAUUUAUUACUAGCUACUCGCCCCGGCUUCGCACAUGUGUACAUGUAUUAUAUAUAUAAAUCUUCCUCUUGAGUCACACUAUAUAUUUAACAAAAAACCGCUUCAAAAUCCGUUGCGUAGUUUUAAAGAUUUAAGCAUAGAUACAUAGGGACAGACAGCCACAGCGACUUUCUUUUAUACUAUGAUGAUGAUUGUAAUGAAGUGCAAAUAUUUAAUUAAUGCGUCUUCAUUUAUUACACCUAUAAGUUAUUGGAGUUCAAGCGAUGAAGCUGUAAAAGUCAGUCAAAAAUCAAAAUUAUUUAUUAUAUGCAUGUAAUUUAUUUAUCACUAUCCCCACCGGUCCAAUUGGCUAUUUCAAUUGAGAAAAUCGUGUAAGAAACUAGACUACCUACAUUUUAAUAUUUUUUAUCUUAUUCAUUAACAAAAUUUCUAAUUAUAAGACGAUGUUCCUCUACCAAUUCUCUACCAAUAACUUCUUAAGAAAACUGGUAAUAUAUUAGUUGUAUUUGCCUUGACGUAAUAUCAGCUAUUACCUAUCCUAGGAGAGUUAAG